AUGUCCAACAUCGAAGACGAGCCUGGCCUCUCUCUUGACUCGAUUUUCGAGCCUGAACGUCCUCCAUCUCCUGAUCCAACCUUCUCAACGUAUACUCGCAAGCGUGCGCUGAAUAAAUUUGAUUGGGAAACCAUCGAGAUCCGCUUGGUCGGAAGUCAUCCGCUCUGGGGACACUACUUGAAAGUUACACAUAUCCCCUCCUUCUCAUGGAACGCAUCCCGCUCCUUCGCGUCCUACCUUGAUGAGCAUCAGGAGCUAUACCACGAUCGUUGCGUUUUGGAGCUCGGUGCAGGUGGUGGACUUCCUGGAAUCGUGGCCGUGAAGAACGGCGCUCGCAAAGUCGUGUUGACAGAUUACCCCGACACCGCACUUAUUGACAACCUUGCUUACAACGUCGAGCGCAAUACAGAUUCGACAGCGCGCUCAAAGGCGGAUGUCCAGGGGUAUAUAUGGGGACAUGCAGUUGCACCGCUGCUGAGCCCCCUUCAGGACACGUCGAAAACGUCUGCCUCUCAGCAAAAGUUUGACUUGAUCAUCAUGUCCGAUCUCGUCUUCAAUCAUUCACAGCAUGAUGCCCUUCUGAAGACCUGUGCUCUUUGUCUUUCGUCAACCCCAUCUCCACCACCGGUUGAUAUGUCUCCUUGCCUCAUCGUGUUCUAUACACACCAUCGUCCCCAUCUUGCCGAGCGCGACCUCGACUUCUUCCGCAAGGCCCACGAUCAAGGGUGGACAUGCGAGGAAAUCAUCACGGAGCGAUUUCCUCCGAUGUUCCCUGAUGAUCCAGGAGACGAGGAGGUCAGAGCAACAGUGCAUGGAUGGAAGCUAACUCGACACGCGCCUUGA